CAGAUCAUAGAACAUGAGCUGUCAGCUGUAAUAUCUAAAUUGUUUCUUUGUGUUUAUUACGCCUCUAAAAAUGUUAUGAUCGUUACAUUCUUGCGAAUAUGGGUGCAAAAGACUCAAAACCUAGUUUUAUAACGUAUGAAGAUGCAGUUAAACGAGUAUCCGAUAGUGAAUUGAGACGCAUCAGAGAAGCAUUCAAGAGAUGUGCCGGAGCGAACGGGACGGCACUGAGCCUGGAGGCUUUUGUUCACGAGGUUCUGUGCGACGGAGUUCCGUACGAUGUUGCGGAAUGGUUGUACCAAGCCUGCGGAGGCACCAAAAGGGGAAUCGCAUUCAAGGAACUCCUCUGCGGCAUAGUAGUCCUCACUAAGGGCAACUUGGAGGAGAAAAUAAAGUUUCUGUGGACCCUGUAUGUAAACAAUCAAGGAGAUAAUGGCUCAUACAUAUAUAAAAAGGAUUUUGCUCGAGCCCUGCACCUGGAGAAUACGUCUCUUCCUGCCACUGCAGCGCAGCGCUCAGCUGAAAUACUCCUUGGCCUCUUUGGCGCAGGAGACAAAGUUACAUUUGACCAGUUUAGGUCUUGGCUACUCAUACACAAAGAUGCUACAGUGCUGUCAAAAUGGUUACUGUCUGAAGUAAAUGAUGUUUAUGAUCUGGAAACCCCCACUUUUUAUCAGACCUUGGCUGGUGUUACUCAUUUGGAAGAGAGGGAUAUAAUAGAGCUAGAAAAGUGUUUCUGGUCGCUCCGGAACGGCGCCCCGACGGGGCAGCUGGACGCGGAGAGCCUUGGACCGCUGCUGUCCCCCCCGCUACCCGCCACCGCCGUCGCGGGGACCUUCCUCGCCUUCGACGAGAACCGCGACGGACACGUCGACUUCAAGGAGCUGUGCUGCGGACUGAGCGCCGCCUGCCGCGGACCCACCACCGAGAGAUUGAAAUUUUGCUUCAAGAUCUUCGAUCUGGACAGCGAUGGACUCUUGAAUAAAAAAGAACUCAUCGAUAUGGUGAGUGUCCUGUGCGAGGUGGCCAACGAGAACCUCAAGAACCAGGGGUCCAGAUCCUCCACGCCCGAUGGGAGCGAGAUCGGGAUCCAGAACUUCGACCCGGACGUGAUCCUCGCCAACUUGAGGGACAAGCUGGUCGUCGCACCCAAGAACGGACGGAAACCGAACUUCCACCUCGGACCAAGCGGAGAUACUGAAGACAUCAUUAAUGUGCCGGAGAGCAAGGCCGAUGGAGACGUGCUGCUUCCGGAGACGGUGCUGACGCUGGAAGACUUCCUCAUCUGGUCGGUGGAGAGCGCCCACGGAGUCGUGACGCCCUUCCUUGACCUCGUCUACCAGGUGUGCCACAUCGUGCUGGGGCUGCGGCCGCACUGCCGACACAGCGAGAGGGACAUCGUGCUGGGCUGGCUGCGUCGUUCGGUGGCGCGGGGGUACAGCGUGGGACAGUUCUGGUACCUGGUGGCGGCCGAGUGGUGGGGCGCGUGGCUGGCCUACACGGGGGACGCGGCGGACGCGUGCUGCCGGCCCGCGACGCUGGCCGACGACAGCUUCAUGACCAACUCCACGGAGUCCAUGGGCUCGCUGCUGUGGCGCUGCGAGACGGCCUCCGUGGACAGCGCGGGCUCCAGCAGCGGCGUCAGCAGCGCCGCGUCGCCGCGCCGGCACCCCGGCUCCGUGCGGAACAAGCGCCUGCUGGCGGACAACACGCUCAAGGUCCGUACGCUAACAGGCGAGGGCGGCCACCUGCGGCGCGACGUGACGCUGGCGCAGCACCGCGACUUCGAGCUGGUGCCGGACGCGCUGUGGAGGGCCCUGGCGCUCUGGUACGGAGGACCCGACCCUCUGCCCAGACAGGUGAUAAGGCCUCCGAACUCUGACGUGGAGCUGGAGCUGUACCCGCUGCAGCUCAAGAUCAUGCGGCACGUGCCCGCCGCGCUCGGCACGCACGGCUCGGCGGGCUGCGUGCCGGACCGCCAGCUCGCCUACACCGCCGCCUUCUCGCGCCUCGCCACCAUCCGCCAGGUUUGCGAGUUUAUAUGUGGCGCCUUGGGUCUGGCACGAGAAGACAUGCGCCUGUGGCUGCUGGGGGGGCAAGGGGGGGGCGUUGCCGGCGCGCAGGCGGGGGGCCACGCGGGGGGCGUGCUGCUGGACGACGAGCAGCGCACGCUGCACGAGCUGCACCUCGACGAGCGCUCCCGGCUGCUGCUCGAGCUCCGGAACAAGGACCUCACGUGGCCGGAGGAGAUCGGAGCCAUCAGCUCCAACCGCGCGACGGAGAGACGCGAGACCCUCAUCGCCCCCAACCUGCCGGGAGCCACCGGCCUGCACAACCUGGGGAACACCUGCUUCAUGAACGCGGCGCUGCAGUCGGUGUGGAACACGGGCCCGCUGACGCGCUACUUCAACUCCGGCAUGCACCUGUACGAGGUGAACCCCGGCAACCCGCUGGGCACCGGCGGCGCGCUGGCCGUGCGCUACGGGGAGCUGUGCAAGGAGGUGUGGUCGUGCAGCGCGCGCUCGGUGGCGCCGCUGGGCGUGCGCUGGUGCGUGUCCCGGCACGCGCGCGCGCUGGCGGGCGGCGGCCAGCACGACGCGCAGGAGCUGCUGGCGUGGCUGCUGGACGCGCUGCACGAGGACCUCAACCGCGCGCGCCCCCCCGCGCCCGCGCCCGCCCCCGCGGACUCCGCCGGCCGCCCCGACCAGGUGGUGGCGGCCGAGGCGUGGGAGGCGCACACGGCGCGGAACCAGUCCAUCAUCACGGAGCUGUUCUACGGGCAGCUGAAGUCCAAGGUGCGCUGCGACACGUGCGGCCACGAGAGCGUCCGCUUCGACGCCUUCAACAUGCUGAGUCUGCCGCUGCCCAUGGAGUCCUACCUGCGCUGCGAGAUCAAAGUGAUACUACUAGACGGAUCGGUCCCCGUGAAGUACGGCGUCAGAGUCAACUCGGAAGGGACGUACCUGGACCUCAAGAGGAAGCUGUCGGAGCUGUGCGGCCUCCCGCCGGACCUGCUGCUGCUGGCGGAGCUGGCCGGCGCCACCAUCGGCCGCGAGCUGCGCGACGCCGACAAGCUGACGGCCGCCGGCGCCGCCGACCUGCACGCCUACGAGCUGCCGCCCCCCCGCGAGCCCCCCGCCGCCCGCGACCUGCUGCAGCCCGACGGCUGGUGCGAGGAGGCGAGCCAGUGGGCGGAGGUGAGUGUGGGCCGCGCCGCCAAUCCUUCCUCACUCUGCAUGCCUGCACUGUUCUGCUUCAAGAGGUCGCGGUCGGAGAUGCUCAUGUCGCAGAGUCCGCCGACGACGUUCUACGAGAAGCAACACCACCAGGACCGACUCCGCAGCCAGACCCUGCCCAAAGACAUGACCAGAGGAAACAGCUCACCCGCGCUCAGCGUCAAGUCGCUCAACGUGAAGCCGGCUAGCCCUAGAUUGGCCAAGGUCAAGUUUGGCUCGUCUCCCUCCAACAUGUACAAGAUGAGCGAGACGGAAAGCCCCUCGCUCGUCCCCAAACAGACGAACUACCUGGUGGCCGUGCACAGGAAGCAGUGUCGCGCCGACGCAUACUUCCUGUCGUCGCAGCGCAGCCGCCCCGCGCUGUUCGGCGUGCCGCUGCUGGUGCCGGUGGAGCCGGGCCAGUCGGGCCGCCAGCUGUACGCCGCCGUGUGGAGGCAGGUGGCGCGCCUGCUGUCCGCGCGGCCGCCCAGCGCCGACCUCAACCACGCCACCGACUGCGACGACAGCCUGGGGUACGAGUUCCCGUUCACGCUGCGGGCCGUGCGCGCGGACGGCGCGUGGUGCGGGCGCUGCGCGUGGCCGGCGCUGUGCCGCGGCUGCGCGCUGCCGCUCGACGACCGCCCGCUCGUCGCGCACGCUGACGGUACUAUACCCGUGUUGAAGAAGCGGUCCGGCGAGGAGCCCCCGGACGAGGAGCCGGGUCCGGCGGGCCGACCGCGCCAGCCGCCGGGUGCGCGCUCCGCCAGCCGACCCGACGGCGGGUGCUGGCUGCGCGCGGGGUCGGGGCGCGUGCUGCUGGCGGUGGACUGGGAGCCCACGGCGCUGCACCUGCGCUACAGCAGCGCGCUGGAGCGGGCCUGCGCGGAGCACGGCUCGGUGCGGGCGGGCGGCGCGCGGCCGGCGGGGCUGGCCUCCUGCCUGCGCGCCUUCACCCGCGCCGAGCGCCUGGAGCAGCACUACCGCUGCGCGCGCUGCCGCUCCCACCAGCCCGCCACCAAGACGCUGCAGAUAUGGCGCCUGCCGCCCAUCCUGGUCCGCAUCUCUCCCUCUCUCUCUCUCCCUCUGUGUGGGGAUCUCAAAGUUAUAAUAAUAAUAAGCCUUUUAUUUCAUAGUUUCGUUGUCCACUGA